GACAGUCCUGCGGGUGCGCGCUGUGUGCUGUUUUGACACUCCAGACAUCUUCGAGCCGGGGACGCGUAGGGUGAAGGGUCGCGAGAACGCGCAGUGUUUGACUGCGCAGAGCCGGAGUGGCGGCUGAAGGAUGGAGGAAGAUAUCCUGACCACCUUAAAGAUCCUGAUCAUAGGAGAGAGCGGGGUGGGCAAGUCCAGCCUUCUGCUAAGGUUCACAGAUGAUACGUUUGACCCAGAACUUGCAGCUACAAUUGGUGUUGACUUCAAGGUGAAAACCAUCUCUGUUGAUGGCAAUAAAGCAAAACUUGCUAUAUGGGACACUGCUGGACAGGAGCGUUUCCGAACUCUAACUCCCAGCUAUUACAGAGGUGCACAAGGCGUUAUAUUGGUUUACGAUGUCACGCGACGAGAUACUUUUGUAAAAUUAGACAACUGGUUAAAUGAGCUGGAGACCUAUUGCACAAGGAAUGACAUUGUGAAGAUGCUGGUUGGAAACAAGAUAGACAAGGAAAAUCGAGAAGUCGACCGAAAUGAAGGCCUGAAGUUUGCCAGAAAGCAUUCUAUGCUAUUCAUAGAGGCGAGUGCAAAGACACGAGACGGCGUCCAGUGCGCCUUUGAGGAACUCGUUGAAAAGAUUAUACAGACUCCAGGACUGUGGGAAAGCGAAUCGCACAGCAGAGGCGUUAAACUGUCCAACGAAGAAGUUGGCCGAGGAGCUUGUGGUGGAUACUGCUCAAUGCUAUAAAAUAGAUGUACUUUUUCCUUAUUUAAUCAUAUAAUGAUAGAGGUUUUCUGUAUAUAAAAAUCAUUUACGGCUAGUCUAGGGACCUUUCAACUUACAUGUAUUUGUUUGUAUCAUGAGAACAGAUACUUGUAGAAUACAGUUAACAUCUUUCCAAGCAGAACACGUCAUUAGCAUGAAACUGACUAUAUAACUGGCAUGAAGGACACUGCAUUUACUACGAUGCCAUCUGUCAAUGUUAUACUUUUUAAUAUAUUUAAACAUAACACUGGUCUGUGUGCAAAAUAUCACUUUCAUACCAUUUAAAAUACAGUCUUAUCUGUUUUAAGGUCUUGUCUGUUGCCUUGUAGCACCGCACAGAUUACUGGAGACCCGUCCUUGUCUCUGGUAGCAGAAGAAAGCAUGCCUAUGCAGCAUACCUACAUUAUUGUCUGAUAGAUUAGCGCAUGUUUGGUUUCUCCUUUAUAGAAGUCAUUUCUCCUGAAAGCACAUUCUUCCUGCCUGUUUAGCCGGUUGUGUGUGUGUGGGGGGGGUACGUAAUAUGUAAUCAUGUAUGGCUACAUAUGGCCAUUUUUCUUAUAAUAUCUUGCAUGUGACACAGAGAAGCUACAGAAGAUGCCUCCUGGGCUUUGUUGACAUGGGUGAUACUGCCUAAGAAAACUUACCAUAUUCUGUUAGGUCCAUACUGAUUUAGGAAAUAUGACAGAAAAGGUUAUCAUGUCCAUUUUUCUAACCACUAUGGUAUGUUGUGUGCGUGACUGAAGUCCCGUCAAAUAUACAAUUUAUAUAUGGUAAAUGUAGGAUGCAAGUGAGCCCCAAUACAAUGACCCACAUAAUACGCACUUGGUUGAAGUGUAAGGGUUAUGGAACAGAUUGAAGUACGUGCUCUAUUCUGACUUAUGAAAAUGAAAUUCUAAACUUUAAUUCUGUGGAUACAUAAAGAUCUUAUUUCUAAUAUUUCCAGCUUUUUAGCUCUUUGCUUUCUGGUUUUUAGUGUGCAGUUUAUUGUGCUGCCUGGCGCUUGUUACAUUGCCAGUAAAUCUUAAAUGGGUUAACCAUUAUCUUGUUCAGAAA